GAGGCUGCUGGCCACUAGGCCCUUUGCGUCCGGCUGUGCUGCUGCCUUGCCUUGCCUGGAGGAGGACAGCCAGGCAGGCCAGGGUCCCAAGGCUUGCCGGGGCAAAAGGCCAGGGGCGGUCGGCGGGGGAGCGAGGGGCCUGAGGGAACAGCGCGGGGCUCCGCGGUCUACCCGUUCCUCGAGUCUGAUCCCUCCUCAGAAGAACCCAAGCGAAUGGGGGAGGAAGGGGGCCCCGAGGGGGGGAACUGCGGCUGCCGGGGCAGCGGAAGUGCCCCGGCUUGCGAAGAGCCCCGGCCGGCUAGGCCUCCGCUCCCCCUCCGAGUGCCCUGGCGCCUCCGGGGGACGCUGGUGGAGGACAGGCCAAGCGGCAAAGGACGGACGGGCCUUCUCCUCCUCCUCCCGUGGCCCAGACUCUGGCUGCCGUCCCCUCCAGGGGAGCGAGGGGAGGGCAGCCCCCCGGAGGAGGAAGACAGGCAAGGCGGCGGACCCCCCUCCGGGGAGGAGAUUCGGGGCCCGCCGCGGCUGAGGAGGCUGCCUGGGGCUGGAGGGGCACCAAGGGCUUGCAAGGCUUGAGUCUUGGGGGGGCUUGAGCACCCCCCCCCGGCCUUGGCCCCCGAGUCCGGCUCCAGGCGCCUCCCGCCCAGGUGGAGAACAAGGGCGAGCGGUCCCCUCCUCCUGCCCGGGCCGAGAGGGAGGCAGGGAGGAGGGAGCGCCGCCGGCUGAGAGGGCCUGGCGCUGGACGGAGCCACGGGCCGGCGGCAGCGGCAGCAGGAAGGGAAGGGAAAGCCCCCGCCACUGCCCCCCGCCACUGGGCCGGACCUUGGCUCCGCUCAGCCCCGGAGCAGCCUCUCGCCAAAACCAUCCACCGCACGGCUCUCCCUGGCCGGCUCUCGGCCCUCAAGGGCUGCAAGGCGGAGACGCCCCCGAGCACCGGGCCAAGGCGGAGACUCCUGCCGGGCGCCUGGAACCCUGGCCGGGGAAGCUUCGCCGCCUCACACCCUCUCCUGCUUCCGAGGAACCAGAGGCCCAGCUUCCAGGGCCCCAGGAGCCCGCCCCUUGGCCCCUCCUCGGGAGAAGGAAGGAGCGCCCCAUGUCCUCCCCAGAGGGACCCCGGGGGCGGGACACAGAGAAGGGCAGGAGCGCGGGAAAUCCGACCUAGGGGCAUCAUUUCUAGGGACCGCUUUUGGCUCAGUCCCACAAUGCAACGGGGGGGGCAUUGAAAGGAGGGAGGCGUCUGUGCCACGUGGCAACUGACCUGGAUUUGCAAAAAGGCUUUCCCAGACUAGAAUUUCAACGGGAAAAUUCCCCUGUCCUCAGUCCUCAUGUUGUAUCUUUAAUGGUAUUUUCACCACAGUCCUCCCUCUCAACAGCAUGGCAGGCUGAAGGUAAAGACAACAGAGGAACAAGCCGAAGCCAAGCCUCUUGAGCGAGAGAAGAAACUACAUCAAUCUGUGACUGCCACCAAAGCCAUCUUUGAAAAGGUGAAAAGGAUGGGGGAGGGCCAAGGAAGGAAGAAAAGAAGGGACUGGUUCCGUAACCGUCUUCCAUGGUUUAGCUUUUGGAAAAUGAGGGACACUGAAAAACGGAACUUGGAGGGCCAUCCUGAACCUGCGAGCAGUCAACCGCUUUGUCUGCAAAAAGAAGUUCAGGAUGGAGACCCUCAAAACCAUCCUGGACAGCCUUCAACCCGAAGACUUUCUCUCCUCACUAGACCUUCAAGAUGCUUAUUUGCAUAGGUUACACGCCAGGCCCCUCCAGUGGCUACUCCUUCCUCACCAACGAGCCAUCGCACUGAAGAGGCACCUCAAAAUACUAGUCCCCAACAGAGCACGUCUAUCACUCAGGUGGUGAAUCUCCCAGACAGUCUCCAGAGGUCACCCCAUUUGGGUGACCGAAAAGGUCCAGAUCACGACGGACGCCAACCUUCGAGGCUGGGGGGCACACUGCGGCUCUCACCUGGCCCAGGGACGAUGGACCCCGGAAGAACGGUCACACAGCAUCAAUUGGCUGGAGCUGCGGGCGAUUCACCUAGCCCUCCGGUCCUUCAGACAGAUGGUUCUCCACAAGGCAGUCCUCAUACGGACAGAAAACAUCACCGCCAAGUCACACGUCAACUGCCAGGGUGGAACAACAUCACGGUCACUGAUGAAAGAAGCUCAGACUCUGUUGACAUGGGCAGAGUCCAACCUACUGUCCCUAGAGGCCAAACACCUACAGGGACAGCUAAACACCAAGGCCGAUUGGCUAAGUCGGACUGACAUAGACCAGGGAGAAUGGAGCCUUCACCCGAAGGUAUACCAAUCCGUAAUAGAGACAUUGGGCCACCCAGUCUUAGAUCUAUUUGCCUCUCCCUCCAACGUCAAGACCCCCAGGUUCUUCUCAAGGUUCAAGACACAGGGGGCAGAAAACUUCAACGCCCUAAACUGCCGCUGGCCAGAGGGCCUCCUAUAUGCCUUCCCGCCAGUCCCGCUACUGUCAAGGCUACUGUCCAAGAUUUGGAGGACCAGAUCAGAGGUCAUUCUCAUAGCCCCAGCUUGGCUCAGGCGCCCCUGGUUCUCAGAGAUCCUCAACCUGUCAAUCCAGAGUUUUCCUCUUCAGACCAGACCUACUCUCUCAGGGACAGGUCCAUCACCCAGACCCCACCUGGAUUCAGCUUCACGCCUGGAAAUUGAGAGGAGCAUGCUAACUCGCUACGGCUACUCUUCUGAAGUGAUCGAAUCCAUUUUGGCAUCGAGGCGCCCAUCGACCAUAAAAAUCUACGAGUACACAUUCAAGGCCUUUAAGAGAUGGUGUAAACGAAAGAAGAAGGACUUCAUUGAAGUCACAGUCGCUACACUCAAGAGACAAGUGGCGGUGAUCACAUCGAUACUACCGCACAAUCAGGCCGCUCAGAUAUCACACCACUCUCACAUUAGAAGAUUGCUGAAGGGAGUCUCCAAUAGGGCACCCCCAACAAAACACUAAUUCCCAUCUUGGGACCUACACAAGAUCCUGAAGGCCCUGACGAUACAACCCUUUGAACCGCUGAGGGAAACGUCCCUCAAAUUCCUCACCUUCAAGACGCUCAUCCUUACAGCGCUAACGUCGGCCCGCAGAGUUUCUGAGAUCGGGCACUGUCGAUGAGAAAAGAACUCUGUAUCAUCAGACCGAACUCCAUUCUGCUGGUGGCGGGCAAGUGGGGGCAAAGGCCCUGCGCGCUUGUGCGAGAGGCCAAUAGCCUCUCGCAGAAGCGCGUGGGGAGGAGGAGGAGAAGGGAGGAAGGAAGGAAGGAUGGAGGAGAAGGAGGGAGGAAGGAACGAAGGAGGAGGAAGAAGAGGAGGGAGGAAGGAAGGAAC